AUGCAGUGCUCAUUUGCUUACUUUUUCCUGCUCUCCUCCUCCACCGUCUCUUCUCUCCUUCUCCUGCCCUUCACCUGUCUCCGUUUUGCCCAUCUCAACCCCAACUCCCCCUCUCCCCUCCCAGGAACCUCUCUUACAAUGCUCUCUCAGGCACGCUGCCUUCCUUCUGUGGACCUCUCUUACAAUGCUCUCUCAGGCACGCUGCCUUCCUUCUGUGUUGAGUUUUUCAGCCAACCUUCACUCCCUCGUUUCCUCCCCCCAUCGUCUCUCUCAACCCCCUCUGCUCCCUUCCCAGGGACCUCUCUUACAAUGCUCUCUCAGGCACGCUGCCUUCCUUCUGUGGCAGUGCCAUGUCUAAUCUACACACCGUGUGAGUAUAUCCCUCUGGCCAUCUCAACAAUGCCCACGUGGAACGUCUGCCCUCUAACCUCGCCUACUGCAGAAUUCAUUCUCGAGAAUUCUCAGCAAUCGCUGGGGCCCUCUGGCAUUGCCAACUGCACCGCCAUUUCUGAGGCGCCUCAAAAGCCAUCUGAGUCGGCCUUCACACCACCACUCCAGCCUUCACACCACCUCUCCUCCCCUUCCUUUUUCCCUCUCUGCAGCGAUCUCUCCGACAAUGCAUUGGUGGGAUCGCUGCCCUCUGGCCUGGCCAACUGCUCCACCCUCAUCAGCCUUGAUCUCAGCAACAAUGCCCUGAGUGGCCGCAUAGACACCAUACUCUCCAACCUCUCCUCCCUCUCCUCACUUAACCUAUCUCGCAACUACUUCAGUGGUGGACUGCCCUCCCUCCCCUCCACAGAGCAGAUCCCAACCGUCGAUCUCACCCACAACUUCUUCUACGGCCCGGGCCACAUAACAGACAGCCAAGGCCGCCCGCUCUGCCAGUCCGCCGACCGGACGCUCGCCCUGGGCGGCAACUGUGUCGUUUUCGACGCUACUCUCGCCCCGCUUUGCUCGUCUGAAGUGCAGAAAGAAGCGAACGCCUGCAAGCUGUUCUGCUCCACGAAUAUGACCUCUUCGGGAAGGUUUCAGGAGAAUGCGCAGUGUGGCGGGCUGGGCACGUGUGAGGCUGUGGUUGCAAGUGCUGGGGCUGGUGGAGUAGUUGGUGGCGCUAGUGGUGCUGCUGCUGGUGGUGUUGGUGGUGGACUUGGCGGCAACAGCAACAGCAGCAGCAGCAAGAAGGGUGGGAAAGCUGGUAGUAGCACGACCACCAGCAAGAGAGGCAGCAAGGGUGGCAGUAAGAGUGGGAAGCAGAGCAGCACAGCAGCAGCAGCAUCAAAAGCAGCGGCAGUGGAUACUGGGAGAGUGACCUUUGCAUGCAACUGCCCGGCUGAUAUUGCCUUGCCAACCCCAGACGGCAUGUCCUGUGCUAUUAUCGCCAAGCCUCCCCCACCACCGUCUCCCCCAAGCCCACCUCCUCGACCCCCCCCUCGCCCCCCUCGCCCUCCCCCUAAUCCUCCCCCUCAGCCUCCCCCCAGCCCUCCCUUUAGUCCUCCCCCUCAACCUCCCCCUAGUCCUCCCCCUAGCCCACCUCCCCCCAACCCUCCCCCAAACCCUCCCCCUCAACCUCCCCCCAGCCCUCCCCCAAGCCCCCCUCCUAACCCCCCUCCCCCCAGCCCACCUCCCCCUAACCCUCCCCCAAAUCCACCCCCUCAACCGCCCCCCAGCCCUCCUCCUAGCCCUCCCCCAAGUCCCCCUCCUAGCCCCCCUCCCCCUAGCCCACCACCACCCAACCCUCCCCCCAGCCCUCCCCCUAAUCCUCCCCCUCAACCUCCCCCUAGCCCUCCACCUAACCCCCCUCCCCCUAGCCCACCUCCCCCCAACCCUCCCCCCAGCCCACCCCCCAGCCCUCCACCUAAUCCCCCUCCCCCUAGCCCACCUCCUCCCAGCCCUCCCCCUAGCCCUCCCCCUCAACCUCCCCCCAGCCCUCCCCCUAAUCCUCCCCCUCAACCUCCCCCCAGCCCACCCCCAAGCCCCCCACCUAACCCCCCUCCCCCUAGCCCACCUCCCCCUAGCCCUCCCCCAAAUCCCCCCCCUCAACCUCCCCCCAGCCCUCCCCCUAAUCCUCCCCCUCAACCUCCCCCCAGCCCACCCCCAAGCCCCCCACCUAACCCCCCUCCCCCCAGCCCACCUCCCCCUAGCCCUCCCCCAAAUCCACCCCCUCAACCGCCCCCCAGCCCUCCUCCUAGCCCUCCCCCAAGUCCCCCUCCUAGCCCCCCUCCCCCUAGCCCACCACCACCCAACCCUCCCCCCAGCCCUCCCCCUCAACCUCCCCCCAGCCCUCCCCCUAAUCCUCCCCCUAAUCCUCCCCCUCAACCUCCCCCAAGCCCACCCCCAAGCCCCCCACCUAACCCCCCUCCCCCUAGCCCACCUCCCCCUAGCCCUCCCCCUAAUCCUCCCCCUCAACCUCCCCCAAGCCCACCCCCAAGCCCCCCACCUAACCCCCCUCCCCCUAGCCCACCUCCCCCUAGCCCUCCCCCAAAUCCCCCCCCUCAACCUCCCCCCAGCCCUCCCCCAAGCCCCCCUCCUCAUCCCCCUCCCCCUAGCCCACCUCCCCCCAGCCCUCCCCCUCAUCCUCCCCCUCAACCUCCUCCCAGCCUCCCACCUAGUCCUCCCCCUAAACCUCCCCCCAGCCCUCCCCCAAACCCCCCACCCAAUCCCCCUCCCCCUAGCCCACCUCCCCCAAGCCCACCUCCUAGCCCCCCUCCCACUUCAACCCUACAGCUUCAAUCAACCACCCCUAAUAGUCCACCCCCCUCACCACCACCAUCAUCACCCUCUCCUCCUCCCUACUCCCCGCCUCCCCCCAGCCCACCUUCCCCCUCGCCUCCCCCUCCUCCUCCCCCUUCACCCUCGCCUCCCCCUCCUCCUCCCCCUUCACCCUCGCCUCCCCCUCCUCGUCCCCCUUCACCCCCCCCUCCCCCCAGUCCACCACCGCCCCCACCCCCGCCGAAUUUGUGCAUGUGGAAUGGAAGCAAAUGGAUUUGCCCGCCGGGUCAGGGUGCACCUACUUGGUCGCCUAGAGUCUAA